AUGGCUAAGAGCUUACAAAAGCGAUAUAAAAACCGUGUGAAGUCUCGCAAGGUCACAAUGGCUUUGACAGUGAUGGUGUUGAGAGCAGCAGCUCUGUUCUUGCUCCUGGCGACGGGCAGCCACGCCUUCCUCGCGACGCCCCUGAACGCCAGCGAUCCUGAUGUCAUCAACAUCCUGUGUCCGGAGCAGACAAAUGGCGUGACUCGUGACCACAAGUGGAUCACCCGCGAGGCCAUCCGCCGAAAUAUUCGCCGUUUUUUCCUGGAUUACCCGCCGUUGACGCAGCCGAACUUCAACGUACCCACCGACGCCAGCCUGACGGAACUCUACCGUGCGUACUACGGCGCCUCCUCCUCGCCCGUCCGAUUCAUCAAGGCGGUCAACUCAGUCGCAGCGUCCAACGUCAAGGCCGACUCCGUGAGGCAGCUCAGAUAUGACCCGACUUUACAAGUUGACGCAGAGCGGCUAGAGGACACAGAGGAGAGCAUUGGCAGCAGGUACCCACUGAUCCUGACCUCCAUCCUUCAAGACGAGGCCUACUCCGCCGCUCGCUCUCUUCUCGGCCUCUCUCUCCACACACUCCAGAAUUUCUACUCUCACUCCACUUGGAUCGAGCAAGGGAAUGAAGGUAUUUUAGCUGACUUGGGUUUUCCCGGAUUUGCUUUCAACUCCACAGCGGGUCCUGAGGAAGCUGUGUGUACCCCUUGUUCUGAUGCACAGGGCCCCUGUACCGGGAACGUGGUGAUCGGAGCUGGCCUCACUACCGGCUAUUACCAGUACGUAGACGAGGCUGCCAAUGGGUUCCUUGUGCCGAAACCUACGAGUGGCGGCAAGUGCAGCCACGGCGGGGUCCUGGACGACAGCUCCUCGGCGCCCGCGGAGGGAGGGAUCAACAAGGACACGGCCUCGCCCUGCUUCUCGCCCCACUUCCACUUGCACGAGAAGGCGGCGGAGCUGGCGGUGCAGGCUACGGACCACUACCUCAAAGCCAUCCUCGAUGCCGUGGGUAACGAGAAGUACCGAAGGCUAUUCGACCUGUACGAAGGCUCGGCGCUGUCCAUUGUGAUCGACACGACCCAGUCCAUGGGCAACGACAUCGCAGCAGUACAGGACCAGGUCGCGCAGAUCGUCAAUGCUUCAUCCCCGGAACUUUAUAUUCUCGCGCCGUAUAAUGACCCGAGAGUGGGCCCCCUGACGAAGACGGACGACCCCGAGGUAUUCCUGGACGCGGUGAACGCCCUGCACGCCGAGUACGGUGGAGACGCCCCCGAGCUCUUCUGGCACGGCCUUCAGCUGGCUCUGAGCAACACCCCAGACUACGGAAACGUUUUCUGCUUCACGGACGCGGGUGGAAAAGACGGUGCUAUAAUGGAGAGUAUGAUUGCGCUGGCUCAGAGUCGCGCCAUGAAGGUCAACAUCGUGUACAGCGGCAAGAUCACCAGUUCGACGGCGCGCCUCGUCACGGGUAUCCCUGAGUACCAGGAGCUCGCCGACGCCACCGGAGGCCUGUUCAUCCCUUCCAACAAGUUCGACGUCGACUUCAUCACGCCCAUCCUCGGGGACAGCGUCGAGAGCUCAGAUGUAGAUAUUACGGUUCUGAAGGACCUGACGGGGGUGCAAGUUAUAGACGUCCCGAUCGAUGACUCCAUUCUUGACUUCACUAUCCAUCUUGCUGGCUACGUUGACAAGGCUGUAUUGCGGGAUAUUACAGGGACGGAAUACAACCUGACGGACGCGACGGAGCUGGAGUCGACCCCCGGCGUGGAGGUGGUGGCCUUCGCAGAGGCUCUGAGGGACAUCCGAUGGAUUCGCCGGCGGAGCAGCGAGCCAGACCGUUGUUCGGGGCCGAACCUUACAGGAUAUCGAGGAGGCAGUCAUCAACCGUCGCUUAAUAGGCCUAAAGGAUGCUUACGUCAUGCCGCACGUCUCAACCCCCACCAUCUUCACGGGUCACCCAUCACGCUCUCACGAAACUUCCUUUUCUUAAAAGAAACCUCUACAUUCCCACGAUGUGUGACUUAUUCCCACGAUAUCGACAAUGUUCCCACGAUACUCGCCAUACAUAUGUAUCUCCCGAUGCUGCUCCAGGUCACCAUACUUCCACGAUAUUCGCCAGGUUCCCACCAAGUCCAAGAUUUUCCCACGCUCUCAUGGCGUUCGUGUGCUCAUAAGUCUUGGAUCAGUUUGAAAGAAGUUCUCGCGUCCGCCACGACCGGCGCUCCCCCGCCCAUCCGGAGUGAACUUAGCUCUCCCUAUAUCCGUUGA